AAAUUAUAUAUAAUUUAAGGAUAUUAAGAAAGAUGUGUUCAUUGCAGCGUUUCUUGGAAGUUGUGCUAAUAGUCGGUUUAGCGACUUUGGGUGCGGCAGCAUCGGAUAAAAAAUUGGAGAAACGUGCCACUGCCUGUAAGGGAUGCUCGUACACUGGACGUACGUAUUAUACAUACCCUGAGGGCACCACUGUCGAGAGAAUUAUUUAUCAAGAUCGUGUUGAUACAGUUUAUCACGGUUGCAAUGAUAAUCCGUGCGGUGUAAAUGCAGUUUGUCAGGAAGCCAGUGGUGGUCGGCCUGUUUGCUCUUGUCCGCCGGGCUUUAGUGGAAAUCCAUUGACUCUCUGCAAUCGUGGUGAGUGCUUGGACAAUGUCGAAUGUCGCGGCGAUUUACAAUGUAAAAAUUCUCGCUGCGUUAAUCCAUGUGUUGGUGCAUGCGGUGCAAAUGCAAAUUGUGAACCUAAAAAUCAUGUGGCUGUAUGUAGUUGCCCUUCAGGAUUUAAAGGUGAUCCACUCGUUGCUUGUCAUCGCAUUGAUCCAGAGGAACAAUGUCAUCCUAGUCCUUGCGGAACGAAUACUAAAUGUGAAAUAGUUAAUAGUGUUCCGACAUGUUCUUGUUUACACGGUUAUAUCGGUAAUCCUUUGACCGGAUGCCGUCAUGAAUGUGAUCAUGAUGGCGAUUGCACUGCCCGUGAUAUGUGCAGCAAUUUUAAGUGUGUGCCCGCUUGUCAGCAAUGCGGUACGGGUGCCACAUGCAAUAGUGUAGCUAACCAUCGGGCGAUAUGCGAAUGUCCGAAAGGUUACAUCGGUAGUCCUUAUACCGAAUGUCGUCCAGAGUGUUAUGGUGAUUCGGAUUGUCCAUCUAAUCGGCCCGCGUGUUUUUAUGGUAUCUGCAAAAAUACCUGCGAAGGAGCUUGCGGUAUUGGUGCCGAUUGUCGUUUGCGCGGUUUAACACCUGUGUGCAGCUGUCCCCGUGAUAUGACGGGCGAUCCGUUUAUCCGCUGCCGUCCAUUCACCAAAGAAGAUUUAUGUGAGCCAAAUCCUUGCGGCACCAAUGCUAUUUGCAUUCCCGGUCACGAUAAUACUGGACGUGAGCGCCCCGUUUGCAAUUGCUUGCCCGGUUAUACCGGCAAUGCUUUAACUCAUUGCCUUCGAGGUGAAUGUACAAGCAAUAGCGAAUGCCCCGGUCAUAAAGCCUGCAUUAACUACCAAUGCGUAAAUCCUUGCAUUGGUAAAUGCGCGUCCGGUGCCACCUGUGAGCCUAAAGCUCAUUUGGCCGUUUGCAAAUGUCCGCCUGGUUAUAGUGGCGAUGCCUUGAUCUCUUGUCGUCAAGCUCGAACUCAACCGGUCGCAAAAUAUACUUCAUGUGCCGCAUGUAAAUAAGUCAACAGCGACAGUCGUUGAUGCCAUUAAUGUUUUAUGCCAUAAAUUUUGUUAAUAACUAAUAUUCAAAUUUCUUUUUAACUUUAUUCUUACACAUCUACACACAAUGCAGUUUUUGUAACUUUUGCGGCUGAUUUUCUUAAUAUCUUUUGCUUACUCGUGAUUUUAUUUAUAUAUAUAUAUUCUUACAAAGAAAUGCUCUUUUGUUGUUAAAAGUCAUAUAUGUGAAAAAGAACGAAAA